ACUUUAUUUAUUAUUUUGUGUGAAAGGAGGAUCCUUUUCAAGUAAUUCAUUGGUAUCAAUCUCUUUCCUGCAAAAUUUCGCCUCCAGCAGCAAACGACGAUCUGCCUAAUCCCUUUCUGUAUUACAAUUGAUUCACCCAGAAAUCUUAUCUAAAGGGGUCCUGUGUUGCUGAUUAUUCUAUGGCGUCUUUCAAAGCAUUCUUGAACAGUCCCGUUGGUCCAAAAACAACUCACUUUUGGGGCCCUGUUGCUAACUGGGGCUUUGUUAUUGCUGGACUAGUAGACAUGAAAAAACCUCCAGAAAUGAUUUCUGGCAACAUGACUGGAGCAAUGUGUGUAUAUUCUGCAUUGUUCAUGAGGUUUGCUUGGAUGGUUCAGCCGCGCAACUAUCUGUUACUUGCCUGCCAUGCUUCAAAUGAGACGGUGCAACUUUAUCAACUCUCCCGCUGGGCCAAGGGUCAAGGGUACUUGGGAGAGAAGAAAGCCGAAGCCUCUCCUCAAUGAAUAGAAUGCUAGGGAUGCUCUGUGUUCUCUCUUUAGAGCUGAAUUGCAGCUUACCAUCCAUCUGCUACAAUGGAAAUGGAAAAUAAAAGGCUUGUAUAUGAUUCAAAAUUGUUACUACCUUGAGAAACUAUUUCUCCUCAAGACUCAUGGAGAGUAUUGUGUAUCAAAGAUUCUCUAAUUUGUUAUGUUUCAAAAUCAAGCUAAGAUUUCUACUGU